GUUACAUGAACUGGAUGGGACCGCAGUAGUAGGGUUGGUUUCGGGAGGCAUUCAUCAUGUCGAAAGCAUUCAGUAGGUUAAAGCAACGCGUGGUAGAAGCCACGGGCAAGGCGGAGGCCACAGUGGCGCUGAGUGGCGAGAUGCAAGACGCUGAGUUGAGGGUAGCACAAUAUAAAACUUCGUAUGAAAGUGUCCUACGGAGCGCUGAAGCUACGUGCUUGACUAAGAGGCACGCAGAUGUGGAGAAACGAGUCACGCGAUUGCCUAAAAAACGCUUAGCAGAGAAUUUACGAGUUGCUGCUGAAACACUUAAUGUCAACGAAGGUGUUGGACUGGCGAUGUUGCACGUGGCAACCGUGGAAGAAGACCUGUGUAAAGUUAUAGCCGAGUAUGAGAAGGGCCUAGACGACGGAUUCUUGGCCCAGUGCCAAGGUGUGAUUGACAACGCAAAGAGAAUCACUGCGAGUAGGGUGCAACUAGAAAAUCGCCGACUAGAUCGCGAUAUUGCACGCAAAGACAUGGUUAAAGCACCAGUGGAGAAAUCACACGAGUUUGUGAGUAGAUAUAACGACGCACAGGCCCUUUUUGAGGAAGCGAAGGACAAGACUGAAUCGGGAAUGGUGGAUUUGAUGGCUACAGAACCGGACAUGGUUGUCAGUCUCCUCAACUACUGCGAGGCUCAGCAAAAAAUGUUUAAGGCUGCAUUGGAGUAUAUGAACGAGACAGUCGAUAUACUCAAGCGGGAGGCCUAUAGCAGUAAGCUAUUUUCUCGGACGAUAGUCGACUAUGCAAAGGAUACAGGCUACAACAUUCCACCGAUUGUGGAACACUGUAUCUGGGCGUUAGAUGACCGGGUUUCCGAGGAGGGAAUAUUCCGGAUGUCGGGCAAUACAAAUACGAUACGAUGCUUCCGUUCAAGUUUCAACACUGAAGAUCCGAACUUGAAUCUGAAAGACCAACAAUGGGAUGGUGAACAUCAUGCUAUUGCAGGCGUGUUGAAGUUGUACUUUCGCGAGCUUCCUGAUCCCUUACUUGACGAUACUCUGUACGAUGAAUGGGUAGCAGCCGCUAAAGUAUCAGAUCACGAUGACAAGUUGUAUGCUAUAAAAGCACUUCUGAAACGCCUGCCCUCCCCGAACCACGAUACACUGUUGUGCCUUCUGCGCUUCCUAGCCAAGGUUGUCACCUUCAGUGACAAGAACAAAAUGAAAGCUAGCAAUCUCGGUAUUGUCUUCGGACCUACGUUACUACGGCAAAAGGAGGAAUUGAUGUCGAUGGGCACUGCACUGGCAGACACUGGAGCUCUCGCAAGUGUAGUAGAAUAUCUCAUCACCUAUUACUCGUGGUUCUUCGACGAUGAUUCGGAUGUGCAGACCGUCAUGUACUUUAUGUUCGACCCCGAAAAUCCCGGUGGCUCGUAUCCAGCAUCCAAAGCAACAAACUCAGCAAACAGCUUAUCUUCGAAAUCAACGAUGAAGGAGAGUACAAGGAAGAAAGACAAAAGCAAAUCGCAUCGCAAGUCGCUGUCACACUCAGUCACUUCUGUUCCUAGUGCUGCAUUAUCGUCAAAUGAACACAGUCGCACUUCGUCUACUAAGGGUGCGCCACCCGCACCUCCGACCGGUGCAUGUAAAUCAUUUGGGCCACUUUCCACGGAUACUGCGCCACCACUCCAAGCAAGUCUGUCGGCAUCUCACGUUCGCUCUCACAGUAUGAAGGUCAAGAGCGAUCCGAUUGUUUCUCGCGGUCAGACAGCACAGACGCAAGCUGAAGUAGUCAUGCCAACAGCUGCCCCACCUGCAACGAAAGCUAGGCCAAAAUCAACUAUAAGUGCAUCAUCGAGUGUCAAUUUGGAAGUGAUUGUCCCAAAGAAAAUUACACCAGUAAAGCCAGCAAAGCCAACGAUUCCGACAAAACCUGGCAAACCACUUCAUCAUACCGGAACUUCACCUCUGGACGCUGAAACACCUCAAGCAGCGAUGGCGCGAGCUAUGAUGGGUACCAAGCAUAAAUCAAUACCACUCUCUCAGGAUGAGUCACAUAGUGGCAGAGGUACUAAAAACCCGCCACGAGGUCCACCGCCACCACUGCCGGGGGCUAAUUAA